AAAAAAAAAAAAGGGCCGAGACAACAGCUGGCUGUCAGCAGCGGAGCAGAGAGAGGAGCCGAGCGAGCAGCGAGCCGCAAGCCAGGAUGAGGGGAGAGAUGACGUGAAAGUUUGAGAAGACGGGAAGAAAAACAAGAGGGGAAGAACUCGCGGUCGGAAGCAGAAGUCCCAAAGCAGAGAGCAUUUGGAAGCAGAAGAAAGUGCAGUCAAGCAGGAAAACAUUUGCUUCCUCACGUUGGAGACUGCACCACCACCAUCAAACUUUGUCCCUGAUGUAAUUGAGACCAAGAGCCAAGAACAGAAAACACAAAUCAUUUCACCUCUGCCUCCUCCACCAUCUCUUGGAAUGGAAACAAAAUUGAAAAUCUGCUGACACAGAAUUCUGCAGCACUAAGGAUAAAGCAGUGAUUUCUGGAGCAGGUCACUUGGGCAUAAAGCCUGGAGAGGUUGUGACACAAUGUCUUCUGAAGGUUUUCUAAAGGAAGUUCAAGCCAUUGGUGAGAAGUUUCUCCUUAAGCUUCAGAAACUGCCCAAGGCUGAGCCAGUGGAGAUCAUCAGCUUUUCUGUGGUUCUUCUGUUUAUUGUUACAGUGUUGGUGCUCAUGAUCAUUGCCUGCAGUUGCUGCUGCUACAGCUGCUGUGGCUGUGAUGGACACCCUGACUCCAGACACAGGAAGAGCCAAGUCCGCCCAGCUGCCCAUUCAUGAGGUGACACAACCUGC